CCAGAGGGAAAGGAGGCCAAGAGGAGAGAGGCUGGGGGCAAGGACAUAGCCAGCCAGGGAUGUAGGACAUGGGGACUUUGUUUGCAGGGUGCCCAGACAUCAGCGAACCGUGUCUUUGUCUCCCCUGCCUUCCUUCUUGCGGAGAAGCUGGAGAGCUGAGGUUGGGUCAGGGGGCAUCAGAACUGGCGAGAGCAUGCUUGAUGCUGCAGCACCCCCUUGAAGGAGGGCCUUGAGGAGAAUGCCUGGGAAUCCCGAGAGCAGACUUCCCUUGAGAAGCACCAGCAAUGCUCACAUGAUGACCUCAGCCGCCCCAAAGGAGAGGGGGCCACUGGCCCCCAGCACCGAGGCCGCCCAGAAGUUCUUGGAUUCUUUCCUGCGGGAAUUUCCAGAGCCCCUGAGCCCGGAGGCCGCAUUGCCGUGGAAGGUGCCAGGAGCUCCUCUGAGCCAGGACGAAGUAGAGGGGGACCUGAUUGAGCUGGCCCUGGGCCUCCUUAGCAGCAGGAACGCGCUGUUGCCGCUGGCGUGCUCGCUGACCCACGAGGCCGUUACCCAGCUCAUGCAGGCUGACCUGUCUGCCUUCAGGCAAUUGCCCAAGCCAGAGAAAGUGGAGCAAGAGGAGGAAGAAGAGGAAGAUGGAGUCGGCAUCUCCUUGCUGGAUGCAGAGAGCCUGCGGCGGUGUUUCUUCAGUAAGCUUUGGGAAGUUUGUAGCCGAUGGCAGAAGCAGAUGCCAGCCCCUUCCAGAUGCGCUUCUCGUUCCUGGCUGACCUCCAUCCAUGCCAUCCGAAAUACCCGCCGCAAGAUGGAGGACCGCCACGUUUCCCUUCCCACCUUCAACCAGCUCUUUGGUUUCUGUGACCAAGUGGAUCGAGCCUACUUUGCUGUUUUUGAUGGUCAUGGAGGAGUCGAUGCCGCCAACUACGCUGCAGUCCAUUUGCACGUUAAUGUUGCCCGGCAUCCAGAGGUGACCAGAGAUCCCGCAGAGGCCCUCAGGGCAGGGUUCAAGCAGACCGAUGAGAUGUUCCUCCGGAAAGCCAGGCGGGAGAAGCUUCACAGCGGCACCACAGGGGUCUGUGCGUUCCUUGUGGGACGCACCAUCCACGUGGCCUGGCUGGGAGACUCCCAGGUCAUGCUGGUGCAGCAGGGGCAGGCCCUGGUGCUGAUGGAGCCUCACAAGCCCGAGCGUGAGGAUGAGAAGGAGCGCAUAGAGGCCCUGGGCGGCUUUGUGUCCUACAUGGACUGCUGGAGAGUCAACGGCACCCUGGCUGUUUCCAGAGCUAUCGGGGAUGCCUUCCAGAAGCCUUACGUGUCUGGCGAGGCUGAUGUGGCCUCCCAUGAGCUCACGGGCACGGAAGACUACCUUCUCCUGGCCUGUGACGGCUUCUUCGACUCCGUCCCGCACGAUGAGGUCGCCGGCCUGGUGCGUGACCUUUUGGUCCAGAGUGAGGGCAGUGUUCUGCGGAUCGCGGAGGAGCUGGUGGCGGCUGCCCGUGAGCGGGGCUCCCGUGACAAUAUCACUGUCCUGGUGGUCUUUCUCAGGGACCCCCAGGAGCUUCUCAACGACUGCAUUCCUGAGGCAGCACAUGCCCAGUAGGACCCGAGUGCGGGAGCCUCAGUCUCUGCCUUCGUGGGGCUCCAGAAUGGCACUCUGGACAGCAGCUUGGGACUCCGAGAGGUCCUGCGGUGUGGGCACUCCCUCCCCCUGCUCUCCUGCCUCCCCACCACAGAAUUCCUUAGGAAAUGAGGGGCCACAGUAGGACAUGGAGGCCAGGCUGGGCUGUUUUCUUCAGUGUUACUAACCCUUUCCCAGGGGUCUCAUGUCCAGUGCCCCCCUCCCAGAGCUGUGAAAACUGGGUUCCAUCCUAUACAGUUAGGUCAAGGGUCCCCUGAAUUCUCAGGAGAGAAAUGUCCCAAACAGUUACCAGUUAUUACCAAAGAAAGCGUUCUGUAAAGCUGCCUGCCCUCCUCGCACCGGGUCAGUCCUGGGCAAGUGUUCACAGGCCAAACAGCGAAAGACAAGCAGGUUGGCCCACGUACAGGCCCAGCCCUCCCCUCCUGGGGCAGAGGAGGAGCAGGAAAGGGGAGCCUCCCACCUGCCUUCCCCGCCUCCUCAGCAACCCCCCCCCCCAGGGUCAGCACUGGCCACCUGGGCAGGCCGGGCCCUCUGGUCCCCUCUGUUACCAGCCCUGCAUGCCAGGGCAAGCCAGGUCUCCUGGUCAGUGCCCCAUGAGCUUGACUGGGCUGAAUGUGAGGACAGACCCUUCCUGGGCAGUGUUACUUUGCAGUAGUUUUAUUUUCAAGAAGAGGAUGUAAAAGAAAAGCCUUUCUAGUGGCUUUGCCAACCCUCCAAGUGCCUUCAGCCACCUCGGACGGGAAGUCACCAGGUGCACAGCUUAAGGUUUGAGGAGGGAGACGGUGUCCCACGCUAGAGGGGGCAGGAAUCCAGCCUUACCAAGGGCUUGUUUGUAAAAUGGCCCUGGGGGAGACCAGGGAUUUUCUCGGAGUGUAAAGCUGGGGGGGGGGCGGUGUCCCAGGAAGAACAGGGCCCUGGGGGCUUUUUAGGAAUGGCCUGAGACAUCUGUUACCCACCUGGCUUAGCCUGGAGAUCUUGACACGACUUGCUCCCUUCCAUUAUGCCUCACUUUCCUUUUCUGUGAAAUGGGUGGGUUGGAGUCGUGCAUCACAGAAUUGGAAAGGAGUCAGAAGUCACGUAGUCCAGCCUUUACGAAUCUCUCGUCCUGUGUCCCCGACCAGCGGCCAUCCCGCCUCCAGGGAGGGAGGCCCACGAGCUCCUCCUCCUCCUCCAAAGGCUCCAGUUUACUUGGAGGCUUCCGAUGCUCGAGCUCCCUGUGGACUGCUCCCUUCCCAGCCUGAGCCUGUUUCUUCCUCUGCCCAGUGAUGCGGGUGAUUUCUGUGACCUCUGAGCCAGGAUCCAAGACCCCGUGGCUGCCCUGGGUUUGGGUCGGCGUCUUCUGUUGGGAAGACCCCUGGCUUCUGCUGACGGUUCUCGCUUGCUGCGGGCUUGCCAGCAGCAGUUCCCAGGGUCAUUUUGACCCAAGCUUGGCUUCGUUGUGGAGAUGGACUCCAGGGCGAGAGGGCCUGGCCAGGCUGUAGGGAGGCAGAGGGUCUGGUCUUGCCUCCCAGGUCUGUUCUUGAGCUCUCGUGGUCCCCAGUACCCAGUCUGGAUGUCCCUGCCUGCAGUGCCCCAGAAGAAAGGCCUGGGAGGGAUUGGACGGCUCCUCUCCAACAGCGAGGAGCUCACCCCCUCCGUGCCAUUAUCCAGGGGCAUGUGUCAUGAAGAUGAAUGUCAGCUGGGGGGAGGUUCCAGGGAAGUCAGGAGGAGCUCUCCGAGCUUGGCCGGUAGUGUGCAGAGGCCCUGCUGGCUGCCUUGGCUGAUCUCACCCUGUCCUUGGUUCUGAAGCCUCUCAGUGGGCAGACCCAGAGCCAUGUUCUUCCCUUCUCUGUUGGUCACUUGGUACCUUGGAGGCAGCCGGUGGGGAAGAAGGCCCUCUAGCCCUUGGCUAUGACUGGUGUGGACUGCUUCCUUGUUCUCUCCUUCCAUUUCCCUCGUUCUGCUCAAAGACGUGGGCCUCACAAGGAAUGGCUGAUUCACAGAUGCUCCAUCCCACGCUGACUGACUGUGUCUGCUCCUCCCCUUCUGAGAGUUGUCAUCCCUUCCUCGCCCAUCUUGGGGCCCAAGGGAGCGCUUCAUGCAAGACACACUGCCACCCCUGUGAGGUCCACCUUGGAAGCCAGGCUGCUGUGCACAGAGAGGGAGAGGAGAGAAUCGCAGGAUCCUCGGUCUGCACUCCCUCUCCCUCAACCGUUUCCCUGUGGAAAACGGUAGAGGGUGAGGCUGGUUUCUAGGGACACCCCUCAAGUCCACAGUUGUUUACCAGACACUUGCACUUUGCAAGACCCCGUUAGUGCUGGCAUGCUGCACCAACCACUUAGCCAGUGUAGACCACACUUGCCUCCCCGACCCCGUGGUCUUGGAAGGACUGACAAGCAGCUUGUGGCUGGAGCUGUUCCUGACCUUCCCAGGUCAGCAUUUGCCAGAGCUGUGCCCUUGAGAACCCAGGCUCUGUCUCCACCCUGUAAUAAGGCCAUGGAGAAAGACAGCUCCUUUCUGGCUCAGAUAGACUGGUGGGCUAGCCUGGAACCCAACCACGGGGUCCUAACUUGGUGCCUUUCCAGGUGGGCCUGGCCAGGUCCACCCCACCUGACAUCCUAGAUAUCCUAGCUGCUGCCUCGAUCAGCCCCAGGGAAAGUGAAGGUACUCUAGGGUUUAGCCAGCCUGGCAUCUUCUGUCUGUCAGUUGCUUGAUGCCCCUUCCAGGCUGGGUGCAGGGCCCUGAGGAGUACUGGUGGCCACGUGGGACUGAGCCUGAGGGUCCUCGCUCCACCUGGGGUUGGCCUUCCCAGCCAGGUGCCAAGUGGUUGCUCAGGACUGCUCUUCACAGCAUCCCUGUCUCCAGCAGAAAAGGAUGAUUAAGUAUUAUUAGUGUCUAUUUUUAAACUUCAGUGGGUUGGGAGACUGAGCUGUAAAUGUCAGCUCCUUAUACAGAAAUACCAAGAGCUAGGAACCAGGUGUCCCCCUCCCCCAACACACACUUCUUUUUAAGGUGCCGCUAAUCUUGAUGCUUUUUCUUCUGGGAGAGCGGUAGGGGAGGGAGACCCUGGCCUCUAAAGGAGACAGGAGGCAGACAGUGAGGAGAGGUGCCUGCCCAGGUGGACGUGCUGACCCGAGGCUUGCACUGCCCACGGCGAGGCCCCUUCCUUCCCCCUCCUGUCCCCAGUGUCAGAUGGUGGAGGACAGAAGAGUGGUGGGCCUAACUCAGGAAGGUACCGGUUCUGUUCCAGGCUGUGCCCAGCGUCCCAAAUGUCUCCAUGUCCCACAGUGCCUUCGUUGAUCCCUUAGGCAGGCCACUGCCCUCCUGGAGCAGCGGCUUCCUCAUCUAGCCGAGAUGGUGAGAAGGUCCUUCUAGCCUCAACAUUAGCCCCCAUACUCUGUGACUCUCCUAAAGGCUGCUUCUGGUUCCCUGGGAGCCCCGCUCCCUGCUGCUUCCAAGGUCUACUGGACUCUGGAUUAGGGCUGGCAGCCUUCAACCCUGAGACCUUGCAUGGCUCAGGUUGUAGGGUGAGUGGAAAAAGUGUCCUGGGUGAACCAAGGGCUGGCCCGGGCUAAGAAAAAGCUAAGGUGGGGGGGCGGGUAGAGAGAGAGAGGGAGAGUGUGCGUGUGUGUGUGUGUGUGUGUGUGUGUGUGUGUGUGUGGUGUGUGUGUGUGAGAGAGUGAGAGAGAGAGAGAGAGAUGAAAGCAAACCAGGCCUUGGGCUGUAAAGUCUGUGUUGGCCUGCAAGGGGUGUGGGGGAUUGGGAUGGGGAGAGAGCAGCCCGUCUCUGGCCACAGUCUGCUAACAGUAGGAUGAGCUCAGACCUUGCAGGCAGCCUUGAAUGCUAGUGCUUUUUGACCCAGGGCUCAGUAUUGCUCAACCUCAUUUGACAUUCCUGUGGUUUCCUGCCUCAGUGUCCAGGCACAGCUGUGGCCACAGGAGGCCCUGGGGAUGCAUGGCCAGAAGCAUCAUGUUGCAGACUACUCCAGGAGUAUUGUGUGCUGGUCCAGCACUGUAUUCAGUGGACCUUCGCAGGCUGGAGGGUGUGUAGAGGAGGGAAGCCAGGAUGGAGAGUGGCCUGAAGGCCAAGCUAUGUGAGAAUCGAGGGUCUUGAGCCCUGAGAAGUGGGAUGUGAUAAGGGGCUGCCAUGUGAGAGGGAUUAGACCAGGCAGAGCUAGGGACAACGUGGAUGUGACAGCUUGAUGGGAGGAGAAAAUGCCCAGCAAUUUAAAAGUUGCCACAAGUGGGCUGGUUGGUUCUGGCACGUGGUACUCCACGUAGGAGAGGGAGGCCUUUGCUUGGAGGCUGGACAGAGUGACCUGACGGAGGUAUGGUAGAGGCUUUUCCUCGGGAUGCUGCCUUCCCACACAAAGUUAGGCUAAAUGGCUGGGGUCUCUCUGUUCCCUCCCCCCAACAUACACUGAGUCAGUAUUCAAAGGGGCCCCAGCCAGGUAGUGAAGUGCUAAGAGAAUCUGAUUUUCCGUUUGUCCCUCCCCCAGGAGGAGCAGGCUUCGGAGGCCUCCUUCCAUUCCUAUCAGAAAUCUUUCCCAGAGAUGACGCCGGUGGCCACAGCUUGGGGUGGGGGUGGGGGCAGAGGCUCAAGUUCUUGUUCUAGCCUUUUCUUGGGCAGCCGCUUCCUCUCCCCCCCACCCCCUGCCCCAAUUUCCUCACCAAUGAAGUUGGUGGGGGGGGCGUCUUGCUGGCCUCAGGCCUUCCCCGGCUUGGACAUGCCUUGGCUCUGGAAUAAGGCAGUAUUCUUUGCCAAUAAAUCCCCCUUUCUCCUUCGGCCAGUGGAGGCUAUUUAUUGGCUGAUGUCUCUUUGCAUACAUUUGCAUGUAUCCUGGUGCAGAGCAUCGGGUUAUUCACUAUGGUGACGCUCUCAUUUCUGGGAUGCUCUUUGUGGUUCAGAAAGAGCUUUUCUUCUUGCACCCGGGGCGUUGGCUCCGGUCCCUAGUGGGAGGGCCGCUCUCCCCUUUUCCAGAGAAGAGAUCUCAGAGCUGGGCUCGCAUUGCAGCUGCAGAAGCGACUCAGACUCCACUGUACCACCCGCACUCACACACGCGCGAACUCCAGUGUGUGUCUCUUGGGGAGUGCAAUUGUCAGAGGCAAAGGAAGGGGGAGGCGGCUCUGCUGUUUGGAUUAUAUUGGCACGAAGUAUUAAUAAAUAGGAGUGUCAGCA